CUGAUUUGUUUGACAAAGACAUUUGUUUGUAUAAAGUUACAAAACGAAAAGAUGGCGAAACCCUAACCCCUGCCCCACCCUCACCGACUGUAACUCUCUACACCAUUAAUGGCUUCUAUUGCAUUCUCUUCCGGUCAUCUUUCAACGGCCAACAAAUUCCGGUCCGUUUUCCGUACAAGAAACGCCUCAAUUAGCUGCAAGGUCAAUUAUGAGGGAAACGGGAAGCCUGGCGUACAAACGCUCACCAGCAACCAAGAAUUAUCCCCUAACCUCGUUAUUCCAUAUGCUUUGGAGAGAGAUUUAACUACGAAAGAUAAAUCCAAACUUCGCGUUCUUUCAGGAACUGCCAACCCCACACUAUCUCAGGAAAUUGCAUGCUAUAUGGGUCUGGAACUUGGGGAUUUGAAGAUAAAACGUUUUGCAGAUGGUGAAAUAUACGUUCAGUUGUGUGAGAGUGUUAGAGGGUGUGAUGUAUUUAUCGUGCAACCAACAUGCCCUCCCGCAAAUGAGAAUCUCAUGGAGCUUUUAGUAAUGAUAGACGCUUGUCGAAGGGCAUCUGCAAAAACUGUUACUGCGGUUAUCCCGUACUUCGGAUAUGCAAGAGCUGAUCGCAAGACUCAAGGGCGGGAAUCGAUUGCUGCUAAACUUGUUGCGAAUCUUAUAACAGAAGCUGGGGCAGAUCGUGUUCUUGCUUGUGAUCUUCAUUCUGGGCAGUCUAUAGGCUAUUUUGACAUCCCAGUUAAUCACAUACAUGGUCAGACGGUCAUACUUGAUUACCUCGCAAGUAAGCGCAUAUGUGCGGAGGAUCUAGUAGUGGUGUCCCCUGAUGUUGGUGGGGUGGCUAGAGCUCGAGCUUUCGCAAAGAAAUUAUCCGACGCACCCUUAGCCAUCGUUGAUAAACGACGUCACGGGCACAAUGUGGCAGAGGUGAUGAAUUUGAUCGGUGAUGUAAAGGGUAAAGUAGCAGUUAUGGUGGAUGACAUGAUCGACACUGCUGGUACCAUCUCGAAAGGAGCAGCGUUGUUGCAUCAAGAAGGUGCAAGAGAAGUUUAUGCAUGCUGCACACAUGGUGUUUUUAGUCCUCCCGCUAUUGAAAGAUUGUCCAGCGGUAUUUUUCAAGAGGUGAUAAUCACAAAUACGAUUCCCGUGUCUGAGCAGAACUGCUUUUCACAGUUGACUAUCUUAUCGGUAGCAAACCUGCUCGGAGAGGCUAUCUGGCGGGUUCAUGAUGACUAUUCCGGAGCUUCUGGACUCUUUUCUGAUUUGGGUAUCGACUAAGAUCAAGCAAGCAGUAUGAGUAUGAGCUGUUUGCAGUCGCUAACUUCAACCGACUUUUGUGCUUUGUUACAAAUGGAUGUUGUCGGCUCGACAGUUUUGUUGUGUAAAUUAAUUUGCCGAAUACUUGCUGGUGCAGACUGUGCAUGAUUUAACUUGCAGAACAUCAACCUGGUAACAUGGGUUUGAAUGUUUGAUUUAGAAUAAAGUACAUUGGUGGUCCAUGUGGUUUGGCCCA